AAAGUGCAACUAUUUAUUUAGUUAUGUACUUCACUUCGGUUUUCACUAUCUAAUCAUAUAAAAGGAAAAACAGUCAUCGCAUCAAUCAAAUAACGUUAUAAAUACCAAAUGCAACGUAGAGUGUAGACACAUAAACACGUUCUAAUACUAGUUUUGUUUAGUAACCGAAUAACGAGUGAUUCACCACCAAAGUCGCUGUUACAUAAUUUAAUAAUCCAAUUUAAACACCCAGACGUGAGUUUGCUUCUUCACAAUGGUGCUUUCACUAGAUCGAUGGGUCGGAAAAGUCGCUGUAGUCACAGGUGCAAGUUCUGGAAUAGGUGAGGCGAUUACAGAGUUUCUCGUAGACAAAGGAUUAAUAGUCGCUGGUUUAGCUCGUCGUUCCGAACGCGUCGAAGAAAAAGCUAAACAGCUUUCUGGCAAAAAAGGAAAACUGCAUGCUGUUAAAACCGACAUCACCAAAGAAGAAGACAUCGUGAAUGCGUUCAAAUGGAUUGAAAAAAAUUUGGGUCAUGUCCACAUCCUUAUCAACAAUGCUGGUAUUUCUAAGGAAAAUUUCCUAAGGGAUGGAGAUUCAGCGUCUUGGAAGCAAACUUUCGAUGUGAAUGUUAUGGGAUUGUGCAUUGCAACUCGAGAGGCUGUUAAGAUAAUGUCUGCUAAUAACAUUAAAGGUCAUAUUAUUCAUAUUAACAGCGUCGCAGGUCAUAAAGUGGUGGAUUAUCCCGGGAUUAAUGUCUACACUGCGAGUAAACACGCAGUAACUACUUUGGCGGAAACUCUGAGGCAUGAACUGAAUGCUAUCGAUUCAAAAAUUAAAAUUACCAGUCUCAGUCCUGGAUUAGUCGCCACCGAGAUGACAACUGUCAAUUUUGGUGAGGAGCGUAAAAAGGUGGUAAGCACUUUGCCAAUACUAAAGCCACAAGAUAUUGCGGAAGCUGUGGGAUACGUCUUGUCGACUUCUGAAAAUGUUCAGAUUAACGAAUUGACUAUCACGCCGGUUGGUGAGAAAUUUUAAAUGAAAUAAAAAUCUACUCCUACUUUCCUUUAAUCACACGUUUCAACACAUUUAAACAAUGCUUUAUUUUUAAUGUCAAUAAAUGAUGUUGUACAAAUA